AUGUCGCCUUCGCCACAGCUGGCUCCCCCAGGGAGUAGUUCCUACGACUCGAGCACAAUGCAUGUUGGCGAUGGGACUUGGGAUGCUGGCCGAGACAAUUUUCUCCUCCCGAACUUAGUCGGCUUGAACUUUGCGACCAUGAGGUACAAUGGCAUGGGCAAUCGCUUCUUCACCAUGAAUGGCUACCACGCUUUGGUCAGGGCGCACGGUAUCAUAGCUGCCAUCACAUUCCUAGGAAUUACGCCCUUGGCAAUCUUCCUCAUGAGAUUCUACGGUCGCAAUCCACGUCUAGCAUUUCGGUCCCACAUCUGGCUUCAAAUCCUGACACUCCUCCUCAGCACUGUCGCAUUCAUCUUAGGGUUCAUGGCUGUCGGUCCCGAGAGAAGUCUCUCCAAUCCUCAUCAUGGCAUCGGAGUGGCCAUCUAUGUUCUUAUCUGGGUCCAGGUGCUUGGUGGAUGUGUCGUCCAUUCAAGAGAAAAGGGGAAGUCACGUCGCUAUAAACCCAUGAAAGUCAUGUUGCACCAAUGGUUUGGACGUGCCAUUGCUCUGCUCGGCAUAACCCAAGUCGCCCUCGGUCUCGCAUUGUACGGUUCGCCCUUGUUCCUGUUUGUCCUCUAUGCUCUUUUUGUCUUGGCUCUCGUCGUCCUGUGGUUCAUUUUGUCUUUCUUGGCUGAACGUCGCCGAGGAGAGCAUGGUAGCUACGGGGGUAGCUACUACAGUGAGGACAUUGAUGAACACCAUAAACAGAAGGAAGGAGGCGGCGUUGGGAAAUGGAUUCUAGCAGGCGCUGCAGCUCUUGGAUUGGCUUCCCUGUGGCGGCGGCGGUCUAAGAAGGAACGCGCUCGUCCAAGCGUCGUCGGCACAGACACAAGUAUGUCGUCAUCUUACAUCUCCGAUGAGAAAUAUUCGCAUGUCUCGCCCAAGCGCAAGGGCGUCGGCGAUCGCCUUUUACAGGUUGCAGCGAUUGGUGGGGCGGUUGCUGCUGCAAGGAAGCUGUUUGGCAGAGGUAAAGAUGAUGAAUCCGAUGUUGGCCCGUAUCGACCACCACUUGGCGGUAAUCAAUCAGUAACAACAGACUCCAUGUCUCGAGUCGAAGAAGGAAGGCCACCCCUCCGACCGACCACACCAGUUGGGAACAGUCCAGGAUAUAUACGUCCUUCUCAUCCUCUCGCCCAGCCUCCCAUGACGCCAGGCUCAACAGGCCGAAGGAGCUCUGGCUCCUCAUCUUACUAUGAUGAUUCGUUUGUCUCCGGCUCACCAUCGAGACGUGACAGAAGAAGCCAUACUUUUCGAGAUGCUUUGGCAGCAGGAGGGGCGGUGUUUGCCGUCCGAUCAAUCUUCAAAAAUCGGCGGCAGAAAAAGGAAGAUCUUCGCGCCGAAACACUGAGAAAACAGAGACUUGAGCAAGAAAAGAUUCAGCGAAUGGAAUCGGUGCACAAAUACACGGGUGAUGGUGUAAGACCCCCGAGACGAAGCCAUCACCACAGGAUAGGUAGCCAAACUGCUUCCGACAUAUCCAGCUCACUUGAGAGCGGCACUCAACACGGCAUGAGCGGUGCUCUGCCAGCCGCAGGAGUCGGUGCUGCGGCUGCGAGUGCCCUUGCAGACAGAAACAGGAUCCGUCCGGUGGGCCAAGAUCCUCCUAUAGUUGUCCCAGGUCCGGCAACAGCUGGAACCCUACCUGAUGUUCCUCCCCCCCCGCCUCCUCACCAGACCGACUAUGCUUCUUCUGGGAGCGAAGUCUAUACUACAGCUUCCGGCCGGCAGCGGCAACGUCACCACCAACAUGGUGACGAACUUGCUGGUGGUCUCGCUGGUGCUGCUCUCGGAGCCACAGCAGCGGAAGCUCGACGCCGCACCAGCGGGCGUAACAGUGGCAAUACAGACUCGGUAGAGUCGCCUCCGGUCUCUGUCAAGAUCAACAUGCACAAUGACGGACGCAAAGUGACACUCCGUCGCCUCACGGAGGAAGAAGCACUCGCCCAACGUGAAGCGAGGCGGAAGGAGAGGCAAGCAGCGGCCGCAAAUAGAAGAAGACGCAAUUCCAGCCUUAGCAGCAGCGACUUGGGAGAAAUCAGUGGCCAAGCGGGAGGAACCAGUGCAGAGCGUCGUUGGCGGCGGACAGAAGCGCUUGAGGCACAGCAAGCAGCAGAGAAUGAAGCGGCAGCAGCAGCUAAUCUUCCCCAACCAGUCUACACUCCUGCAGCAUCCCUAUACCCUACACCUCCACCGCCAGGUACAGGCGGUAUUGGCGUCGAUCCCACCACGGGACAGACUUACCAUGUCCCUCUCCCACCGCCAAUACCAGCAUCGGUGAGCAAUCUUGGGCCCGCAGGUAGUAUCACAAGCCCUGGCACGGAGACCAGCGGGGCGACCGAGUACGCAAAUAACCGGCGACGUAGAAGGGCUGAACGAGCACAAGCACGGCUGGCUCGGGAAGGCAGAGCACAGAAUACGGUCGACUUUACCUAG